AUCAAAAUCAAUACGAAACAAUAAUUACCUCUUACUAAGUGAUAAGACAUAGACAUAGAGAAAGAAUAAAAUAAGGAAUGGAUUAUAUGGAUUGUAACUGAUUAAAAGAGUUAUUUUGAUGAAACAGAAAAAAUGGAAGCUGAAAACAUUGCUUCAAUAGAAGAAAGCUACAGAUGUUUAGAAACUGAUAUCUCCUUAUUAACACGUAAACUAAUAAGACAAAUAAAUGUUGAAUACCAAAAAAUAGAAGAAUACGACAGAACUUUAAAAGCAAAAGAAAAAGAAAUAUUAGCAUCGAAAGACAGAAUAAGUCGUCUAAACGAAAAACAUAUGCACAUUGAAAAACAUCUAGAGUCCACGAAAAAUCGAAUAAAGUUCCUAGACAAAUCAAACCUUGAGCUCAAAAGAAAUCUUGAUAGUCUCCGUAGGGAAGAGAGAAAGCUAGCAAACGAAAACGAGCAACAGCGACAGAGCAUUUCCAGUAAACUUUCUUUUUACAAGCAGAUGUGGCAGAAACGGUAUGAAGACUUAUAUUCUGAAAACCCAGCAUUUCGAGAAAACAUAAAAGCACAAUUAGAGCUUGAGGAAAUGAAAGAAAAUUUGAAGAAUGUUAAAUCCGAACUGAGACAAUGCCAGGCAGAUAUAUUCAAAGCAAAAUGCGAAAGAAGCAGAAGAAAUGCUGAAGAAAACGGCUUCUAUCCAGUAGAGUACUUUAUAAUUCGUAUAGCAGGACUUUAUGUGGCUAUAAAGAAAACAGAAAAUUGUAGAAUGCAGUUAUCGCAGGAAAUUUUAGAUUUGGAGAAGCACAUAACUUCUUUAAAGUAUCAAGAGAGUCAGAAGAAAUUAGCUCAGUUAGAAAUAAAUAUGACUUGCAAUGCACUACAAGAAAAUCGUCCUGAAGCAGUUAGUUUCCAACAGCCUGAAAAAGAAUUAUUGCAGACGCAACACGUUUCGUCAAACAUUACUGAAACAUCUGGCAAAAUCAGUACAUUUAGAAAAAGCAGUGCAGCUUUAUGCAAGCCGUAUCAGAGUAAUUCAAAAAUAUAUGAUACUGAAACUACAAGAGUAGGAAAAAAAUUGGUACAGGAAGAAGCAACUAUGUCUAAAUGGAUGGAAAGAUUUAAGAUGUAUGCUCCAACGGUUGAUACUGAGAGAAAAAUUGAAGAAGUACGUAUCCCUACAAAUAGUUUAUUGUUAAAUUUAAACAGAUCUUCAUGUACUACGUAUCAUGCAGAAUCACAAAAAGAUGCUGAAUAUCAACAAAAUACAGAGAAAGCGUUCUUACGGCAAAAUACGAAUACAGAAGAAAGUGAAAAAUCGCUCUCAAGGUUUUCUGAAGAUUUCAACCACAGCACAGAAGAAAACUUCGGUUAUCAGCGUCAGCUAUACGAAGAAACAUUAAAACCCAUAGAACAAAAUACUGUAUAUAAAAUUAAAUCGAAAAAUAAACAAGAAAUCGCACAAAAUUCUCAAAAUAUUGAAGGUCGAAAGACUUUUGAGUUUUCAGAACAGUCUUCUUCAAUAAAAAAUGAAUACAGAAACAAAGAUUACAUUUAUAAAAUGCAAAAUGCCACAAAUAUUUCAUCUCAAAUCGAACAUGAAGAUACUAAUAAAAUACAAACCGUUAGAAAUACUCUAUUUCAAACUAAUCAUCAGCAGUUUAAUGAGACAUCAGACUUGAAUAGAUCAUCUUUAAUGGAUUCUGAAUGCUUAAAUCCAAGUUUACGAGAAGAAAAUUCACGUGAACAGUCAAAAGACGAAGUUUUCAAAACUAGAAGUAGUCAAACAAUGAAUUCAAAUGCAAGUGAUUUUCCGCAUAUAAAUGAAAAUACUCUUUACUCUAUGGAAUUCAGCCUGAAAACGCCUCCUAACUCCAAAGAUAAAAAUAUCAUUACCCAAUUAAGCAAAGAUUUAAAUAACAAAUCAAACAUUCACAUAGAAAAACAAACAAAUGAUCCCAUACAUAUGUACAAGGAGCCUAUGCAAACAGAUGACGAUCACAUGCAGGAAGAAAGUAGGAAUUUGCAAAUAAAUAAUGCUUGUAUGCAGACAGGCACUGAGAGCAUGCACAUAAAUGAUGCUCACAUAGAAAUUAACAAUACGAUUAUGCAAGUAGUCGAUGAACAUAAGCAAGACGAUAUAGAAACUAUGCAAACAGAAAAUGUUUUACAUACGAUAGUAGGAAAUCCUAACAUCAUUAAUGCUAAUAUGCAGGUAGAAUGUGAAGAUCUUACAGUUUUACCUCACGAUAAGGAAGACAACUCUCAGACAAAAAAAGUUUAUACUCAACAGUUUCAGGAUAACUUAUCUAAAGUAUCAUUAAAUGAAGUACCACAGAGUGAAAGUUCCACAGAAAGCGAUAAAAUACUAAAAAAUUACAUUUCAAUAGAUCAUGAGCAGUUCUUUAACAAAGAUAUUUCUAAAAAUCCAAACGAAGAUCAUCAAAUGCAAUUAGAUGACAUGGAAAAUAAAACUAACGUAGUUUCUUCAGGUAAAAGAGAUCUUUCUCAAACUGAAUCUUCAGAAAUGAAUAAAAAGGAUUUAGACAUUACAGAAGAGUCUCCUGCCUCAUUUUACACUACAAGAAGUGCAACUGAGAAUGACCUUAAGAAAACAUCAUCAGUUUUCAAAGGAAGUCCUGUUAUUCAGGAACAAUCUAUUAAUAAAAAUGUUUCUAAUGCUUCAAAUCGAGACAAUGAAAUGGAGUUAGACACCUUGACAGAUAUGAAUAAAGCAGCUUUAAACAAGAUAGAAUAUUCUCAAACUGACCCUUUGAAAAUUAACGAAAAAAUUACAAGAUCACCAGAAACGCCUAUCAGCGGAGGAAUGGUAUUUUCUUCUGGCUCCACAUAUUAUUCAGCGAAAAGUUCAAGAAGUUGCAAAAGCGAUCGCCAUGGGAAAUCUGAAAUAUCUGAAGGAAAUGGAAAUGAUCCAUACAGUCCUUUUGAUCUUCAGAAACACAUGGAAAUGUUGAAAGAAUUGAAACAAUCUCCACGUUUCGUUUAUCCCUCUCGUCUAAUGUUCCCUACGGAAUCUACUGUAUUAAAACAGGCUAAUUUAGAAGGAACAUCAUCAAGCCAAUAUGUUAAAGACGAUGCUUUUAAUAUGAUGUCGUAUUUUGAUGCUACUGUUUCCACAAGUGACCAAAAUGAUAGAUCCACAAACCAGAAAACAAAUGAUGAGAAGAAAGACUUUUUAUCUUUAGAUUAUGAGAAUUAUUUAAAUGAUUCGCCUUCUCCACCUGUAAAAGCAGGCACUGAACAGUCAAUGUUUUCAUUCGAAAAGGAUUUACCUAAUAUAGCUAAGUCACCAGACUUUUUCUCACUUUUCACAGGAGAAAAUGAAAAAGAUGAUGACACCAGCAAACAAGAUUUUGUUCUGAAUUUUGGAGGAGCUAGUACUUCGCAGGAGCCUGAUCCAACAUCUACAUUUAAAUUCACUUUUUGAAGAGGAAGGAAGAUUAGAAAAUUUCUAAAACUUCUCAUUUUUGUUACUUUUAUCACACACAAAUUCUGUUUCUUAACGUGAAAGAAGAAGAAAAGUUUUACAUUUAUGGUCACUUAAAAUAUUAAUGUAUUAUUUACUAUGUCUCGUAUUAAAAGCUCUUAUAGUUGAAAA